UGCGCAGGCGCGGUCGCGGUGCGGCGGCAGUGCGCAGGCGCGGGCCGGCAAUGGCGGAGGAGGCGGCGGUGCGGGCGCAGGCGGAGGCGGUGCGGCGGCUCAAGCAGGAUAAGGCCGAUCCCGACGAGAUCGCAAAGGAGGUGGCGAAGCUGCUGGAGAUGAAGGCUCAACUGGGAGGAGAUGAGGGGAAACACAAAUUUGUGCUCAAGACCCCGAAGGGCACACGGGACUACAGCCCCAAGCAAAUGGCCAUUCGUGAGAGAGUCUUCAACGCGAUCAUCACCUGCUUCAAGCGCCACGGAGCAGAAGUCAUUGAUACGCCAGUGUUUGAGCUGAAGGAGACGCUGACAGGGAAAUACGGUGAAGACUCGAAGCUCAUCUAUGAUCUGAAAGAUCAAGGAGGAGAACUGCUGUCCCUGCGUUAUGACCUGACAGUGCCUUUUGCUCGCUAUUUGGCGAUGAACAAGAUCACCAACAUUAAGCGCUACCACAUCGCUAAGGUCUACAGACGAGACAACCCGGCCAUGACCAGGGGCCGCUACAGGGAGUUCUACCAGUGUGAUUUUGACAUCGCCGGGCAGUUCGACCCGAUGAUUCCCGAUGCCGAGUGCCUGAAGAUCGUGCACGAGAUCCUGAGUGACCUGCAGCUCGGGGACUUUCUCAUUAAGGUCAACGAUCGGCGCAUCCUUGAUGGGAUGUUUGCAGUUUGUGGUGUCCCAGACAGCAAGUUCCGAACGAUCUGCUCCAGUGUUGACAAACUGGAUAAGAUGCCGUGGGAAGAAGUGAGGAGCGAGAUGGUAGGAGAGAAGGGGCUCUCUCCCGAGGCUGCGGAUCGCAUCGGGGAGUAUGUCCAGCUUCACGGUGGCCUGGACCUGGUCGAGCGGCUUCUCCAGGACCCAAAGCUGUCCCAGAACAAGCUGGCCAAGGAGGGUCUGGGGGACAUGAAGCUGCUGUUUGAGUACCUGACGCUGUUUGGCAUCGCAGGGAAGAUCUCUUUUGACCUGAGCCUGGCGCGGGGUCUGGACUAUUACACGGGGGUGAUCUUUGAGGCUGUCCUGCUGCAGCAGGAGAACGACCACGUGGAGGAGCCAGUCAGCGUUGGGAGCGUGGCUGGAGGCGGUCGCUACGACGGGCUGGUGGGGAUGUUUGAUCCCAAGGGACGGAAGGUGCCCUGCGUGGGGGUCAGCAUUGGGAUCGAGCGGAUCUUCUCCAUCCUGGAGCAGAGAGUAGAGGCCUCUGAGGAAAAGAUCAGGACAACAGACACACAGGUGCUGGUGGCCUCUGCCCAAAAGAAGCUCCUUGAAGAGCGGCUGAAGCUCAUCUCUGAGCUGUGGGAUGCUGGAAUCAAGGCAGAAAUGCUGUACAAGAAGAACCCCAAACUGCUGAAUCAGCUGCAGUACUGCGAGGACACGGGCAUCCCUCUUGUUGCCAUUGUGGGUGAGCAGGAGCUCAAGGAUGGAGUCGUCAAGCUGCGGGUCGUGGCAACCAGGGAGGAGGUCAACGUUCGCAGGGAGAGCUUGGUUGAGGAGAUCAGGAUGCGAACGAGCCAGCCUUAAACCCCUUCCGGACCCGUCUACUCUGUUGGAUUCUGGCUGACAGAUUUCCUCCUGUAAAUGCCUUCGCCAGGCCUGUAGCAGUGGGUGUGGAGUUGGGGGGGCCUUUGAAAGCUGUAUUUAUUCUUGUCUCGUGCCCUCCCCUUUCCCGGCGGGAGCAGAGAAGCUGUACGGACUCCUGUGACAUGCCCUGGCCCUCGCAUGUGUCGCUGGAAAGAUGUUUUGCAAAUGGCUCUGGCAAAUGCCGGCCUCCCGUCUGCCAUCACUGCGGUGACACGUGCAGCCCUGUGCUGUCAGCAGACCCCAGGGUCUUGGCUGCAGCUUCUUGUUCCUGUCACUUUGAAUAAACAUCCCGCCCCGUCUCUCUGCUCUGGCUGCAGGGAGGUGACCUUAUCCCAAGCAAAAUGUAAAGGCGCUGCUCCCAGAAACACAAUAAAUCUGUCUCUCCUA